UUUUUAGAGUAUAUAAGAAAAGAUAUUUUUUAUGCAUUAUAUUUGUACUUCUACAAUAAGAACAAGUCUUUUAAAAAACUUUCUAAUGAGGAUGUAAUGAGAAAACUAUGCGAGAUAAAUGAAUUUGAAAACUGCUCAAAUCUUGAUAGAGUGCUAGAUAUAUUAGCCGAAAAUAUAGGAAAUUUUACAAUAUAUGACAAUAACGGCAUAUUGCAGUCCAAUUUACACAAUCUCAAUUUAUCUGAUAAUGAUAUGUAUCUGUUACAGUUAUUUGCAUCUUGUUCUACGGAUGAUCUGUAUGAUUGUAUAUCUAUAUUGCGAGAUUCUAUAUUUAUUAGAAGUAAGAAGGUCGAUGAAAAAGAAAUUAAAAAUGGAUUUAAAAAAUCACAUUUUAAUAGAAUUUCUAAGCUUCCAUUCUUUAAAGAAGCAUCUUUUCUUGCUUUAAAUAUUGCAGAAAAUAUUUCUGAUGGCAUUGCUCCUACUACUAAAAAAUUCGUUUCCCCUAUAAUCAACUCAAAUGCUGGCAGCACUCUUCUUAAUUUUUUCCCAACACAAAUGGCAGUUAGAAAAAUAAUCUUUAAUAAUGUGUCUCUACCCACCCUAUUUAGCAAUGUAUUUAGUAUGGCAUCGUUGCCUUUUCUUGCCAAUCAAGUUGUGUGUUUAUGUCAUGUACAUUUUGAUGGUAUAAUUAAACUAGGAUUAUAUGCGUUUCAAGAGUAUGAAAUUUCUAUUAUUUAUAAUGAAAAUACUAAUAGUACAAUUAAUCAGUUAUGUUAUAAAUAUUGUAUUGAUCCAAUUACAUUUAAAAAAAAUAUAAUUGAAGGGCACAAGCAAGCUAUUAAUAGAAAGAUUAGUAUAAUUUUUAGUUCCCCGCUUAAUAUAUCGCUAGAUAAUGUAUUGGAUGAAUCGUUAAACAAAGUAGAAAAAAUGGGCGAUAAGGUUCUAAGAAAUAGCUCUAUUAGUGAAAUAAUGAAGUUUGUUGAUAUAUUAAAUGAUGUGAGCCUGAUUAAAUAUCCUAUUCAAAAUACUCAUACUAUUCUUAUUAAUAUAGAGGAUAAAAAAAUAGAGGAAAACACUUUGAAUAAUAUUCAGAUAUCCAGCAGUAAAUUAUCUAAAAGUAAUGAUAAAUGCAUAGAAGACAAAACCACAAAAGGAAUUGAAGAUAAUAAUUCUACUAUUGUUACUUCUCAAGGGGAUCACCAUGUGAUGAAAGCUAUUGCAUUAGUAGGCCCAGAUAUAUCCAAUGGCGUUGAAACUCAAAGAACUGCUUGUAUAGAAGAGGCUAUCUAUACACAUGGUUUAUGGAAAAUUCCCUCUCUAAUCACAAGAAAUAUGGGAAUUUCACUAAUUGUCAUUUUAGUACUUGCUAGUCUUUUUGUAUUAUACCGCUAUGAAAUAAUUAUGUUUGCGGAGUGGAUUACAUUCUCAUAG